AUGGCCCCUCCCAACGUCGAAAUUUACCUCUCUUCAACCCAGUGCCAACACCCGGCCCCCUACCAAGCCUUCGGCCUCACUUACGAGAACUUCCACUCCCUCCACACAGCCGCCAACGAAGCCAAAUCCCGUGCCUACUGUCCCUACAGUAAGUUCCGUGUUGGCGCAGCCCUUUUGAUCAGUAAAAACUCCGACGUGGAGGUUAUUGCAGGCUGCAACGUCGAAAAUGCAGCCUAUCCUGUGGGAACAUGCGCCGAGCGCGUGGCGUUUGGCAAUGCUGUCGCGAAUGGGAUUUUGAAGCCGGGACAGCAGGAUGGGGGGAUAGUCAAAGCUGUAGCGGUUAUCACGGAUGUGGAGGUGGAUAUGGAGAAGGGGACGAUGCCGGCGAGUCCGUGUGGGAUGUGUCGGCAGUUUAUCCGCGAAUUCUGUGACCUGAAUGUUCCUAUAAUCAUGUUUGACAAGAAUGGAAACUAUGCAAUCAUGAGGCUGGAGGAGCUCCUCCCGCUGUCCUUCGGGCCGGAAAACCUGGGUGUUCCUGGCCCGUCGCGGUAG